CACGAGGAAAGCACACUGACAGUGACAACACAGUGACUGUAAACCAUAUAAGAGCAAAAAUUACAUCAUGAUGUCAGGAGUCCAGACUUGCCAUGUACAUGUACCUUGUCAGGAAUACCCUGUAUCUAAAAGAGAGUCUACAGAAAAGGAAGAGACAGUGGGGAAUUCUCACCCUGAAAAUGAGAAAGAAGAAAAUCAGGAAAAUAUAAAGAGAAAAAAGGCAGCUUUUCCAUCAAGAUCGUAUUCUCCAAGUGUGUCACAAACUCAAAGCAAUGCUGAGAAGUUAAACCACUAUAGUGCAAAUGAUAAUCAAACUGAGAUAUUAGAAAGACACAUCAGUAUUCGUAGAAGUAAAAAGUCCAUUAACUGUAACCACUGUGGCAAAAUUUUCAGUUUUUCAUGUCAAUUACAGAGACACAUGAGGGUACAUACUGGAGAUAAACCUUUCAAAUGUGAUGUGUGUCUGAAGGCAUUCAGUCAGUUUUGUACCUUACAGAUGCACAUGAGGACACAUACAGGUGAUAAACCUUACAAAUGUGAUGUGUGUGAGAAAGCAUUCAACCAGGCAUGCCACCUAGAGGCUCAUAUGAGGAUACAUACAGGGGAUAAACCUUUUAAUUGUAACGUAUGCAGACAGGCAUUUGCUCUUUCGGGACAUUUAAAGUAUCAUAUGAGGACUCACACAGGUGAUAAACCUUAUACAUGUGAGGUGUGUGGGAAGGCAUUCCGCGACACAGGCACCUUAAAUACACACAAGAGGACACAUACAGGUGAAAAGCCAUAUAAAUGUGAUGUGUGUGGAAGACAUUUCCCUCUACUGUCUAACUUUAAGAGACACAUCAAUAAACAUACUGGUGAAAAGCCAUAUAAAUGUGAAUUGUGUAAAAAAGCAUUUAGUGAAAAAUCGAACUUGAAAAAUCACAUGAAGUUGCACACAAGUGAUAAACCUUAUAAGUGUGAAGAUUGUGGAAAGGGAUUCCUAGAAUUAAGGUGCUUACAGAAACACAGGAAGAUACACACACGUGUUAAACCUAGAGAGAUGGCAGCACUACCAUUCAGAUCUCAAACUCAAAGUAUGUUAUGUAUUCAAAGCGAUGCUGAAAAGUUGAACAAUUAUAGUGGAAAUGACAAUCUAACAGAAGUAUCAGAAAUGCAUAACAAUGUACACGUAAGUGCAGAGCCGCAUAUACAUGUUAAUGGAGAGCCGCAUGAAAGUUACAUCAGUGGAAAAGAUUCGUCUCAUUCAGAUCAUUUUCAGAAAGAAUUUAUGAAACAAAAUGGUAAAUUUUAUAAAUGUUCUGUGUGUGAAAAGACAUUCCUUCGACCUAGUUCCCUGCAAGCGCACAUGAGAGUCCACACUGGUGAAAAACUUUAUGAAUGUGUUGAAUGUAAAAAGACAUUCAGUGGAAAUCAAUACUUAAGGGUACAUAUGAGAGUACAUACUAAUUCUAGAAAAUGUGAUGUGUGUGAGAAGACAUUCAGCAGACCUUAUAACUUACAGGCUCAUAUGAGGAUACAUUCAGGUGAAAAACCUCAUGAAUGUGAGGUAUGCGGAAAAGCGUUCGCUGUAUCAAAAUACCUACGGAGACACAUGAGUAAACAUACUGAUGAGAAACCUUAUAAAUGUAAUCUGUGUGAGAAGGCAUUCAAACAAUCUAUUACUUUACAGGAACACAUGAGGACACAUACUGGUGAUAAACCUCAUAAAUGCCACGUGUGUGGGAAGGCAUUCUCUUUAUCUGGAUCAUUUAGGCAUCACAUGAGGACACAUACCGGUGAAAAACUUUACAAAUGCGACGUGUGUGGGAAGCCAUUUUCUGACUCCUGUAACUUACAGAAGCACAUAGAGACACAUAGUGUCCUGAGAAAUGAGAAGCUUUAUGAAUGCAAUUUGUGUUUAAGAUUAUAUUCUGAUUUGAGUUCUUUACAGCAACACAUAAAGAUACAUACUGAUAAUAAACCUUACCAAUGUGAUCUGUGUGAAAGAGCAUAUUUGAAAAAAUCGAAUUUGGAUAUUCAUAUGAGGAAACACACCGGAGAAAAGCCUUAUAAAUGUGAUGUGUGUGGAACAGCUUUUCCUUUAGCGUGGAGCUUAUCCAGACACAUGAAGACACAUACUGGUGAAAAACCUUUUGAAUGUGAUGUGUGUGGGGAAGCAUUCACUGAGUCACAUACCUUACGCAGUCACAUGAAGCUACACAUCAGUGACGAACAUGAUAAAUGAAAAGUUACACACAAGUAACAAACAUAGUAAAUGCGAAGUUACACACAGGUGACAAAUAUUGUAAAUGUGAAGUUACACACAGAUGACAAAUAUUGUAAAUGUGAAGUUACACACAAUUGAAAAAUAUAUUGUAAAUGUGAAGUUACACACAGAUGACAAAUAUUGUAAAGGUGAAGUUACACACAGAUGACAAAUAUUGUAAAUGUGAAGGUAUACACAGAUGACAAAUAUUGUAAUGUGAAGUUACACACAGAUGACAAAUAUUGUAAAUGUGAAAUUAUACACAUAUGACAAUUAUUGUAAAUGUGAUGUUAUACACAGAUGACAAAUAUUGUAAAUGUGAAGUUACACACAGAUGACAAAUAUUGUAAAUGUGAAUUCACACACAGAUGACAAAUAUUGUAAAUGUGAAGUUACACAUAAGUGUCAAACAUAAUAAAUGAGAAGUGUGUGUGAAAAGGUGUUUUCCUUGUCAAAAAUCUAGAAGAGAAACAUAGAGAUACAUAUGAUUGUGUAGUAAGUGGGAUGGUAUUCACUGCCCACUUUCAUUUUGACGGUCGGUUACGGAUUCCAAUACUUACUUCAGCCAAUAGAGAUUUAGACGUUCUGAAAGACGAUUGUGACAUCACGUUCAAAUUAUACAAAUCUAUUUUGUGGAAUAAACACUAAUGUUCUUUUUCAUGUAAACUCCAAAAAGUUUUUA